AUGUUCCUCUUCGCUGUGAACAACGCGCCGUCGGGUUUGCUUCCCCGGUCGAUUUCCAUUGCCAGACUGUGCAAUGACAUCUCCUUCCUGUUGGUGGGGCCAAAGGACCAGAGAAACUCCUCCGGCGUUUGGGAACGCUGGUCGGGAACGCUCAGCGGGUCAGGCAGCAUCUAUGGGGAGGAAGGAAAGCCGGUCAACGUGUUUGGGGUCCUUUCUCCCCCAGUGAUUCAGCUGCUGAAGGCCGGGAAAGCAAAAGAAGUCUCGUACAAUGCAUUGGCCACACACAUCAUUGCUGUGGACGGGGACAAUCCAGAGGUCGGAGAGGCGCGGGAGGUCUUUGAUUUGCCGGUCGUUAAGCCCUCCUGGGUGUACUUGUCUGUCCGAUGUGGGGUUCUUCUUCCGGUUACAGGUUUCUCUCCAGAGGCAGGACAGGUGUUUACUGGAGUCACAGCUUGUCUCUCACGGGUUACAUCCGAAGACCGCAAUACGCUGUGGGCCUUAAUCACCUUUUAUGGCGGAGACUGCCAACUGAAUCUUAACAAGACGUGUACCCAUUUAAUUGUGCCGGAGCCUCAGGGGGAGAAAUACAAGUGCGCAUUGAAGCGGAACAGCAUAAAAAUCGUGACUCCGGAUUGGGUGGAGGAGAGCGUGAGAAAAUCAUUGCGGGAUGAAUGCACUUAUCACCCGCGGCUCAUCAUCCCUGAGGAGGAGGAGGCGGAGGAGGAAGACGAGGACGAGGAGGUCGAACAAGAUGACAAGCACUCGGCCAGGAGUAGCCCCCUUUCGUCCCGGGAAGGCUCCCCCGUCAGCCUGAGGGGCUUCUCCCCCAAGCGGGGCGGGGCGUUCGAGAAGGGGAGCAGCGAGAUCAUGUUCGACGACUCCUCGGACUCCUCUCCUGAGAAGCAGGAGCGUAACCUGAACUGGACCCCGGCCGAGAUGCCCCCCACGGCGGCCGCCAAGCGCAGGCUGGCCCCCGGCAAGGACUCGGCCCUGAUCAACCUCUGCGCCAAUGUGCCGCCGGUCCCCGGGGCAGCGAUGACCCCAGAGGCCAGGGCCGGCUUGCUGACCCCCGGUGUGGGGCAGGGGGUGGGCGUAGUGGGGGCGACCCCAGGCCCCGAGAGGCAGGAGAUGGUGACCUCCUGGAGCCCCGCAGUCAGGACACUGCGUAACAUCACGAACAGCGCUGAUAUUCAGCAGAUCUCCAGGCCUUCAAACGUAGCACAGAUCCUUCAGUCGCUUUCGGCUCCGACCAAAAAUCUGGAGCCCGGCAACCGGAACCAGCAGGGGCUCGAGCUCCGGCACCCCAACAACACACUGCUGUUCACGCAGGUCAAACAGCUGACGCCGGAGACCCAGCAACUCCUGCACCAGCAGCAGCAGCAGCAACAGCAGCAGUCGCAACAGCAACAGCUUCUGCAGCUGCAGCAGCAGCAUCAUCUAAUGCAGCUGCAGCAGCAGCAGCAGCAGCAGCAACAACAGCAGCAGCAGCAGCAGCAACAACUGCACCAGCAUCCGUUCCAGCAGCAGCAACAACAACAACAACAACAGCAGCAACAGCAGCAGCAGCAACAACAUGUAUACUCCCAACAGCAACUGCAGCAACAGCACCGCCACCUGCUGCAGCAGCAGCAUCUCCAGCGAUUGCACUUGCAGCAGCAACAGUUGCAGCAGCAACAGCAGCAGCAACAGCACCAAAUACAGCAUCACCAGCAUCACCAACUCCAACAGCAACAGCACCUCCAGCAACAACAACAACAACAACACCUGCAGCCGCAGCAGCAGCAGCCCCCCCAUCAGGUCACCCCACAGCAGCUCCAAAUCUUUGGACACGAUCCUGGGUUGGAAAUCCCAGAGGAUUCCUUCUUGUUGGGCUGCGUGUUUGCAAUAGCCGAUUACCCCGAGCAGAUGCCCGACAAGCAGCUCCUUGCCACCUGGAAGAAGAUUAUCCAAGCGCAUGGGGGAAUAGUGGACCCCACACUGACAAGUCGAUGCACGCACCUCUUGUGUGAAAGUCAGGUCAGCAAUAUGUAUUCACAGGCCUUGAGAGAAGGCAAACGGUGUGUCACUGCCCACUGGCUCAACACAGUCCUGAAGAAGAAGAGGAUGGUUCCUCCACACAGAGGAUUGCACUUCCCGGUCGCCUUCCCCCCUGGUGGGAAACCCUGCUCUCAGCACAUGAUUUCUGUCACCGGUUUUGUGGACAGCGAUCGGGACGACCUGAAGCUGAUGGGCUUUUUGGCCGGAGCAAAAUACACGGGCUACCUCUGCCGAAGCAACACCGUCCUCAUCUGCAAGGAACCGUGUGGACUGAAGUACGAGAAAGCCAAAGAGUGGCGGAUCCCAUGCCUCAAUGGCCAGUGGCUCUGUGACAUUCUUCUCGGCAACUUUGAGGCCCUCCGGCAGAUCCAGAACAGCCGCUACAGCAUGUUUAACCUUCAGGACCCCCUGGCUCCCAACCCCCAGCUGGUGGCAAACCUUCUAGCCGCUUGGCGUGUGCCGCUGAAGAUCUCGCCGGAGCUCUUGAUGAGUGUUCGUCUACAGUCUAAACAGAAACCAAACGAAUGUAAUCUUGAGCCACCUGUGAAAAGGCUGAGACUCGAGGACUUGCCCCCUCCAUCAAAGAAGCUGCCAGCAGACUCUACUCCUGUGGUGCUGUUCACUGGGUUCGAGCCAGCACAUGUCCAGCAGUAUAUAAAGAAACUUUACAUUCUCGGCGGCGAAGUCGCCGAAUCUGCCCAGAAGUGCACACACUUGGUCGCCAACAAGGUGACCCGGACCGUGAAGUUCCUGACGGCCAUUUCCGUGGUCAAGCACAUCGUGCUGCCCGAGUGGCUGGAGGAGAGCUUCAAGAUCCAAAAAUUUAUCGAGGAGGAAAACUUCACGUUGAGAGACGCAGAGGCAGAGGUGCUCUUCUGUUUCAGCUUGGAGGAGUCUCUGAAACGGGCACAGGAGGGCCCCUUGUUUAAGGGGAAGUAUUUCUACAUCACUCCUGGAAUCUGUCCUAGUCUUUCAACGAUGAAAUCCGUUAUCGAGUGCGCAGCAGGCAAAGUGCUGACAAAGCAGCCGUCAUAUCGCAAAUUCAUGGAGCAUAAACAGAACAAGAGUUUGCCCGAAAUUAUUCUGAUCUCGUGCGAAAAUGAUCUCCACCUGUGCCGAGACUACUUCGCCCGAAAUAUAGACGUCCACAAUGCUGAGUUUGUGUUGACGGGAGUGCUUACACAGACACUGGAUUACGAAUCGUAUAAAUUCACCUGAUUUUUAAUGCGUGCAGUCGGAGGUGUUAGCGGAUAACAGGUCAGGUGACGGACGGACAGACCGGAGGGACGUGUUGCUCAGCAGUCACAGAGAGAGAGAGAGAGAGAGAGAGGCCCAGCAGCUCAAGCUUCUCGCUGACAGUGACGCAGUGUUUCGGCCUGAGAUCCUUCGCUGAGACACGGCAGAAUCUGGGAAAAUUUGGGAUUCACGGCUGGGAAACUGAGAGGGCAGCGCGUAUGGGGUUAGUGAGCGAGAGAGGGGAAGUGCGUUCCUUUACUUAACAAAACGUACGUUCUAUUUCAUUCCCGCCAUAUGUUUUUAUUAAUAUGCGCGCGCGUGUGUGUACAUAGUAUAAAUAAGAGGCGAACCCUGUAGAAUAUUGUACGAAUUUACUUUGGCCGGUUCUUAGAGGAGACGGUUAUUUUUUAACGAGCUGUUUUUAAGAUGUACAAUAAGAUUAUCGUGCUUACUACUUUUUUUGGAGAUUGUCGUCUUGUCAGGCAUUGAUUGUCCUGCCCGUCAAUGAGAAUUUAAAAAAAAAAACCCUAGCUGUAACCCGUUUGUUUGUUGAAGGACUAAAGGGCUAGUCGUCUUAAUAAAUUAUGGAUGUUUUUUUUUUUCUGAGAUCCUUGUAACUUUACACAAAUGUCUUUUGUAUUUUUCGAUUGUGAAUUAUUUUUAUUACACACACACACACACACACACACACACACACGACUUGCAGGAGUUGAAUAAAAAUGUUUCCC